AUGAACCCAGCACCUAGAGAUGCGCUGGAGUUCCCAGAGUCAGAUAGGGACUUUUUAGAGCCCCACCUACCGCCCAAGGAUGGCUCAGUACCUCAAUCUAAUUUUCCCUUCACAACACUCACAUUCGCGACCUCGCUUGAUUCGUCUCUCGCUCUGUCCCCUGGAGCGCGUACAGUACUUUCAGGCCCCCAGUCUAAGGCAAUGACCCACUAUCUGCGAUCGCGCCAUGACGGAAUUAUCAUUGGCGUUGGCACGGCAGUGGCAGACGAUCCCGGUCUCAACUGUCGAAUCGCAGGAGUCGGUGGUUAUGGCCAAGAGGGCCUUGAGGGCCAGCCUAGACCAGUUGUGAUUGAUCCGACAGCCCGAUGGGAGUUUUCAGACAACAGCAAGCUCUUCCAACUUUGCAGAGAGGGCCGCGGCCUUGCCCCAUGGAUCAUCACCGGACUUGAAAUUCCAAACGCCGGGAAGCAAGCAUUGCUGGAGAGGUACGGCGGAAGAUUUAUCUCGGUCAAAAUGCUCAGAUUGCAUACCGGCCGACAUCAAAUUGACUGGCCAGAUUUGCUUGUCACCCUGAAAUCCAACGGUCUCAGUAGCGUCAUGAUAGAGGGUGGUGGCCAGGUUAUCAAAUCCCUUUUGAGCCCAAUUUAUAUGCCCUUGCUGAACAGUGUCAUUAUAACCAUUGCUCCCACGUGGCUAGGUGAAGGUGGUGUAGUCGUCUCCCCUGCUAGGCGCUUUGAUGAAAGUGGAAAUGCGAUUUCCGCAGCGAGAUUGAAGAAUGUCAAAUGGUAUCCAUUUGGGGAAGAUGUUGUUCUUUGUGGGCAAAUCAAGCUCUCUGACUGA